AUGGACUAUGAACCCCCUUAUGCCAUCUCUCCAGUGGACCGAACUGGGUUGAUUGUUAUUGUCGAGACGCUCUUCAUGUCAUGGAUGAUUAUAGUGAGCUUGAUCCGCCUGUAUAUGCGCUUGGCCAUCAACGGGCCAGUGCAGCUUGAUGAUCUGAUGGUGUUUAUCGGAAGUGCAUUGGCUGUUGUCCAUGUAGGUGUUAUCAUGGAUGCAGUCGAUCAUGGUCUUGGUCAAACGCAUGAACGAAACUCGCCUUCGAGACUGAAGCAUGCUGGAGAGGGUUUUCAUGCAGCAAGUCUUGUAUUUAUUGCUGGGUACGGCGCUGCUAAACUCUCUGUAUGCCUGCUUCUGAAGCGGCUGGGUCGACAGACAUGGUACUUGUGGUACUCCAAGCUCCUGGUGGGCGUGGUCGCACUUUGGACAGUAACAUCAUUUUUGGCCGUCGCUCUCAGUUGUCAUCCACAAUACUCAUUGAAAUCAUCGGACAUAUCUCAGCAUUGCAGUAACCUCGGCACCACUUGGAAGGUCAUCACAGCGUUUGAUGUCAUUACAGAAGUACUCACUUUUGGGCUGAGUAUCAUACUAGUCUGGGGUAUUCAAAUGAGGUGGAAGGAAAAAGGAAUGGUUGUUUUUGCAUUUGGAACUAGGACCCCCAUGAUCAUCCUGAUUAUCCUCCGACAAACCUAUCUCAACAGAUCGCUCUACCACCCAGACACGUCUUUGAACAUAUCCAGCGCCGUAAUAACUACCGCCGUCCUCUUCCACACCAGCAUUAUGGUCGCUACUGUGCCAUGUCUCAAACCCUUCCUUAUUUCUUUCAACACAGGUUGGGGACAAGGUGUAACAAACAGUAAUGGCGAACCUUCAUACUUCACGCCUACUGGUCAAACCGGAUCAACCAAUCAAUCUCGAGUCUAUACGGGCCGAGUCGACAAUGGUGAGGUCGAUCUGACUGCGCCUCGCUCAUCACAGGAUAGUCAUAACUCCCGAAAGCUGAUUAUACACGAGACAAGAGAGUGGACGGUGGAAGAGGAGUAUGAGAUGCAUCCGAUGAAGGAUCGAAUUCAGAUAUAA